CGGCUCCUCCUCCUCCACCCCGUCUCAGGGUGACAGUUACAGGCAAAGAAGAGGAAGUGGUAGCUAGCUAGCGGAGGCCAGCGGGCGGGCGGCGAAGGAGGCCGCGAGGGUGCGCGGGCCGCCCGGGAAGCCAGCAGCCAUGGAGCUGUGGCGCCAGUGCACCCACUGGCUGAUCCAGUGCCGGGUGCUGCCUCCCAGCCACCGCGUGACCUGGGAUGGGGCCCAGGUGUGCGAACUGGCGCAGGCCCUCCGGGAUGGCGUCCUUCUGUGCCAGUUGCUCAACAACCUGCUGCCCCACGCCAUCAACCUGCGGGAGGUCAACCUGCGUCCCCAGAUGUCCCAGUUCCUGUGCCUCAAGAAUAUCCGCACCUUCCUGUCUACCUGCUAUGAGAAGUUUGGCCUCAAGCGGAGUGAGCUCUUUGAGGUCUUCGACCUCUUUGAUGUACAGGAUUUCGGGAAGGUCAUCUACACUCUGUCUGCUCUGUCCUGGACCCCAAUUGCCCAGAACAAGGGGAUCAUGCCUUUCCCCACUGAGGAGGAGAGUGUGGGUGAUGAGGACAUCUACAGUGGCCUGUCCGACCAGAUCGACGACACGGUGGAGGAGGAUGAGGACCUGUACGACUGCGUGGAGAACGAGGAGGCCGAGGGCGACGAGGUGUACGAGGACCUCAUGCGCACGGAGCCGGUGCCCAUGCCGCCCAAGAUGACAGAGUACGACAAGCGGUGCUGCUGUCUGCGGGAGAUCCAGCAGACGGAAGAGAAGUACACGGACACGCUGGGCUCCAUCCAGCAGCAUUUUCUGAAGCCCUUGCAGCGGUUCCUUAAACCCCAAGACGUUGAGAUCAUCUUCAUCAACAUUGAGGACCUGCUUCGCGUGCACACCCACUUCCUAAAGGAGUUGAAGGAAGCCCUGGCCAACCCCAGUGCACCCACCCUCUACCAGGUCUUCAUCAAAUACAAGGAGAGGUUCCUCGUCUAUGGCCGCUACUGCAGCCAGGUGGAGUCGGCCAGCAAGCACCUGGACCGUGUGGCUACAGCUCGGGAGGAUGUGCAGAUGAAGCUGGAGGAAUGUUCUCAGCGAGCGAACAACGGGAGGUUCACCUUACGGGACCUGCUGAUGGUGCCCAUGCAGCGGGUCCUCAAAUAUCACCUCCUUCUCCAGGAGCUGGUGAAACACACGCAGGACGCAACGGAGAAGGAGAACUUGCGGCUGGCCCUGGAUGCCAUGAGGGACCUGGCACAGUGCGUGAACGAGGUCAAGCGGGACAACGAGACGCUGAGGCAGAUCACCAACUUUCAGCUGUCCAUCGAGAACCUGGACCAGUCUCUGGCCCACUAUGGCCGACCCAAGAUCGAUGGCGAGCUCAAGAUCACUUCUGUGGAGCGGCGCUCCAAGAUGGACAGGUACGCCUUCCUGCUCGACAAAGCUCUGCUCAUCUGUAAGCGCCGAGGGGACACCUACGACCUCAAGGACUUUGUGAACCUGCACAGCUUCCAGGUUAGAGAUGACUCCUCCGGAGAGCGGGACAACAAGAAGUGGACUCACAUGUUCCUCCUGAUUGAGGACCAAGGUGCCCAGGGCUAUGAGCUGUUCUUCAAGACACGAGAACUGAAGAAGAAGUGGAUGGAGCAGUUCGAGAUGGCCAUCUCCAACAUCUACCCCGAGAACGCCACUGCCAACGGGCAUGACUUCCAUAUGUUUUCCUUUGAGGAGACCACGUCCUGCAAGGCUUGCCAGAUGCUGCUGAGAGGCACUUUCUAUCAGGGCUACCGUUGCCAGCGGUGUCGUGCACCUGCACACAAGGAGUGUCUGGGGAGGGUCCCUCCAUGCGGUCGACACGGGCAAGAUUUUGCAGGAACUAUGAAGAAGGAUAAGCCACAUCGGCGGGCUCAAGACAAAAAGAGGAAUGAGCUGGGCCUGCCCAAGAUGGAGGUGUGCCAGGAGUACUAUGGGCUGCCUCCACCCCCUGGAGCCAUUGGACCUUUUCUACGCCUCAGCCCUGGAGACAUUGUGGAGCUCACCAAGGCCGAAGCCGAACAAAACUGGUGGGAGGGCAGGAAUACGUCUACCAAUGAAGUUGGCUGGUUUCCCUGUAACAGGGUCAAGCCCUACGUGCAUGGUCCCCCUCAGGACCUGUCUGUUCAUCUCUGGUACGCGGGCCCCAUGGAGCGCGCUGCAGCAGAAAGCAUCCUCACCAACCGCUCAGACGGGACGUUUUUGGUGCGACAGAGGGUGAAAGAUGCUGCAGAAUUUGCCAUCAGCAUUAAGUAUAAUGUUGAGGUCAAGCAUAUUAAAAUCAUGACAGCAGAAGGACUGUACCGGAUUACAGAGAAGAAGGCCUUCCGGGGGCUUAUGGAGCUGGUAGAAUUCUACCAACAGAAUUCUCUGAAGGAUUGCUUCAAGUCACUGGACACCACCCUGCAGUUCCCAUUCAAGGAACCUGAGAGGAGAGCCAUCAGCAAACCACCAGCAGGGAGCACCAAGUAUUUUGGCACAGCCAAAGCCCGCUAUGACUUCUGCGCCCGGGACCGAUCGGAGCUGUCCCUCAAAGAGGGUGACAUCAUCAAGAUCCUUAACAAGAAGGGGCAGCAGGGCUGGUGGCGAGGGGAGAUCUAUGGCCGGGUUGGCUGGUUCCCCUCCAACUAUGUGGAAGAGGAUUAUUCUGAGUACUGCUGAGCUUUGGCACAUUGGCAGAGAGUUGAGAAACUCUAGGUUCUGAGCCUGGGAUGAGCAGGCGGUGGGCCUCGGGGCUGUGAUAGGUCCUGGAGGGCUGAGAGUCCGGGAUGGACUGUGGAGGGCUAGCGUCCAGCUGGCAGGGCUCCUGGGAUGAUGCCCUGCCAUGGUUAAUUUAUAAUACACUGAUUUCCUCUUGGGUCCCCUUGAGAAGGCAGGGCUCAAGUCAACCGCUUUUAAUAAAAUGAUGAAUGGAUGGACUUGUGUCAGACCUGGGAAGGGAAAGAUGGGAAAGGGCAUUAGGACACAGACAAAAGCCCCCUCACUAAUUCCUGCUUUCCAGCUCUC